UCGGUUGCAAGGUCAUCAGGGGUAACGGCUUAAUGGUUACCAGGUCAUUGGAAGCAACGGGUUAUUGGGUUAUUGGGUAAUAUGCAAUAACGAGUUCAUGGGUUAUUGAGUUAUUGGGUGAGCACGACUGAGCCAGGGUCACUGUAGGGUCAAUGCCGACUCUGGCGAUGCUCGUUACGGGGCCCGCUGGGUCGGGGCCCCGAACCGUGAAUUGACAAACAGCUUCCGGUGUCUGCUGUCGUUUCCCGCCAAAUUUAGAGUCGCGGAGCGGUGGGGAGCGAGCGAGCGACGUGUAACCUCACAACUUAGCACAUCACCUCACCACUUACUACAUCACCUCACCACUUACUACAUCACCUAACCACUCACUACAUCAACACGCCACCUCACCACUCGCUACAUCACCUCACUACUGCAUCACCUCGCCACUCACUACAUCACCUCACCACUCACUACAUCAACACGCCACCUCACCACUCCUAACAUCACCUCACUACUGCAUCACCUCACCACUAACGGAUAGACAGGGUAAGGGGUGAGGCGUUAUCCCCAGGCAUGGAGGAUCUGCACGAGUUGGAGGGGACGAGGAGCGGUGAGGAGGAGGAGGAGGGUGAGGAGGUAACGCCGGCAGAGCUGGCGUGGCUUAAUGAGAAGCUUUGCCCGGAUUUGCUGCCUCAGCACUCGGAGCUCACAGAGUGUGUGGUGGAGCAGCUCACGCAUAUGGAGGGCAACCUGCGGAGGGUCCAGCGUGCGGAUGUGAAGUCGUCUCUCCACCGCAUGGAGCUCGAGAGAAUCCGCUUCAUGCUGAGCUCAUACCUGCGCACGCGCCUCAACAAGAUCGAGCGCUUCUACACUCACGUACUGGAGAGGGAGAAGUCUCGCACCGAGGGGCAGCCCUCACUCCUGUCCCCCGAGGAGUUUGCCUUUGCCAUCGAGUAUGCUUCCAACAUGGAAAGGUUCCUGAAGUCUGUGGCUCUGAGGCACAUGCCACCCAACCUACAGGCCCUGGACCUCAGCAAAGCAGUGCCCCGGCCGGACGUGGGCGCAUUCGUGUUCCUGCGUGUGCGCGAGCGGCAGGAGAACGUCCUCGUGGAGGCCGAGUCCAGCGAGCAGAGGGAGUUUGUGGUGGACCUGGAGGAAGGCUCGCAGCACCUCAUGCGCUACUCCACCGUGGCCCCACUGCUGCUCUCCUCUUCCAUCCACCUCAUCUAGCCCCUUGCCUGUUCCCUGUGUAUUCCUUUGUCCCCGUGUGGCCCUGUGAAUCCCCGUGUCUUAUCGUGUAGCCCCGUAUGUUCCCGAGUAUAUUUGCGUAUCCCCAUCUCCCUCUGUAUCCCUGUGUAGCCCCAUAUCUCCCCACAUCCUCCCCAUGGCUCCCUGUGAUUGUGGGGGGUGGUCUGUGCUGUCACUUUCUAAAUUCUGGAGCUAUAAUGGAUGAGUGAUGGAUGUGGUGUUCUACAUUUCUUGCUCUCGUGUGUUUGUGUGGCCAUUUCAAAUUGGUUUGUGUGUUUUUAGUCUGAUUAAAAUAACAUAGCGAUGAAUAUAA